GAGCCUAAGGGGGUGGGGAGAGCCCUGCUGGAUAGCCCAGCUGAAAACUGCUUUAUUCCCGUCGGCUCUCCACUCUGCGAGAGCGUUAACUUUGCAGUGAGGACUCUGCAGCACGCCGGGACUCUUCCGCGGGAGGAGCGGCAGCUAAGCGCGGUUGCUACUCUCUUCGGGAGCGAGCCGGCACGUCUUCUGGUUCGCGCUGCCAGAAAAAGCCCAUUUUAAACUGAUCGGCCACCUCACGGGCACGCCAGCCGCAGGAAAGCGGAAAAAGAGGACUGGAAAGGUGCUGAGCUCUCCCGGUGAGGGGAGAGCGAGCGCUCUGGUGCUAAGUGGGGAAGGUCUGUUGCAGAACUCGCGGCCGAGGUGGAUUAUUCAGGCCAGUUUGCGUCUGGGGACUGCGAAAUGCGCGAGGAGCACAAGGUCAUGCUCGCUGAUGGCAGCGGCGAAGCAGAGCUGUCCAGUGCCGCCGCGCGCGGGCAAGUGGAAACUGUGAAACAGCUCCUAGAAGCCGGUGCUGAUCCUAACCGAGUCAACCGCUACGGGAGACGCCCGAUACAGGUCAUGAUGAUGGGCAGCGUCCGUGUGGCGAAGCUGCUACUGCUCCACGGCGCGGAUCCCAACUGCGCUGACCCCCACACCCUCACGCGGCCGGUGCACGACGCUGCCCGGGAGGGCUUCCUGGACACGCUGGUGGCGCUGCAUCAGGCGGGGGCGAGGCUGGAUGUGCCAGAUGCCUGGGGUCGCCUGCCCGUGGACCUGGCUGAGGAGCGUGGCCACCACGCCAUCUCCCGAUACCUGAAGGCAGCUACGGGAGACUGACCUUGGGUACAUUUGCUGCCAAAGGACUUUUCUUUUUCUCCCCAACUCCCCACCCCAACUUAGUUCAAUGGAGGCUGCCAAGGUGGAGCAGUGGAAAAGCUAAAAACCGAAAAGCUGCUCCGCUUCCAGCAGGACGGGAAUGCAUUGCAUUUUUUCUUUUUCUUUUUUUUUUUUAACUGGAUUCCGCCUUUGACUUAUUGUGAAACCAAAUGAGGAAAGGUGGAACAAAUGGAUUUUCCGUGCGAUUUAGGACGAAAUGUGAAGUUUCCUAGUGUCUUUUAACUUUUCUGGCAGAAAGUGAAGUGUGAAGUCCGAAGAACAACCAGGUCUGUCAGGUCAAUGUGGUGAAGCUGGUGAGGCUGCAGGAGGAGGGGGGCAGGCAGUUUGCCUCACUGACCUUGAAGGAGCACCCUUCUACAGCCCCUACUUUAGGCAUUAGGCUCCUGCUAAGGAAAACCUGGAGACUAAGGACCAGAAGACCGAGACUGUUGACCUAGUGUCUGUAGGCGCCCACACUUUUAAAUGCUAUGUGGUGCACAGCAUGAGACUGAUAAUUGGGAGCUCCGAGGGCUCCUGUCCAGCUCCUCUGCCAAAGUGAGAGAAAUGGGGGACUCCGGAUCACCACGCCUAAUUUGCUGGCAUAUUCUAAAAUCCUUGGUUCGGAUGACGCCCAGCAGCUCUCCGAAGGAACUGGGCACGCGGGUUCUUGCUAUUUGUUAUUCAGUGGAAGCGAGAUUCCUGUGGUUCCAAACGUCUGUGCACAGAAUGAAGGUGAAUGGUAGCCAAACAAUUGUAGCAUUGAACUGAUUGCUGUGUCUAUAUACAAUAAGAUACAGAAACAACCCUGUGAACUGCCAUUUGGAAAGAUUUUGAGAUAGUGUAUACUUCUGAAUUCUUCAGUUAUAGUCUUACUUAAUGGGGUAACUUAAAACAACAAAGUAACUAUUGGACCUUAGAAAAGAGGAUGAAUUUCAGUUAUAAAUGAUGCUGGCAAAUCUUAGUACCAGCACCUACAUGAUUUUCAUCCUUAACCUAUUUAUUUCCUUGUUAAGUUUUCUGUUUCCUUUACUAGAGUGUCUCAGGGGAUCAAACUAAAAUAUUCCAAAUCUUUUGGAGAUAGGUGCACUUGCCCAGUAAAGUUCUUGGGAUAGUUCCCAAAGGAUUACUGAACAAGUAGACUGAGCAAAAAGGGUUGAAAAUAUAUGAUGAUGGCUUUGUGAAAUGUCUUAAUAUCUGCUGAAACUAAAGGCACACUGCUUUGCAAUUAAACCUCCAGUGCUGCUUGAUUCAUUAUAGCUUUGGAACGGAUAACUCACUGCUUUUAAUUAAAAUAAAUAAAUAAAGGUUGGACUCCAAGAUGUUCCUAGCUUGGUAUAAAAAUGUAUGUUCAUAGAUUUUUUCCACUAACUCCUGAGAAAUGUUAGACUCAAAGGGUUUCACUUCUAAUAUUUUUGUAGUAAUUGUAGUGAUACCAGUAACAAUUUAUAAAAACUGCUUACACUUAUACCGUAUCUUUAGGUAGGUAGGUAGAUAAUAAAUGGAUAGAUACAUAAAUAGGUAGAGAAUUGAGAGAUUUACAAGAAGGGAUUCCUUUCAGCUAAAUAAUCUUCUCCAUCAAUUCUUUACUACCCAAAGCUCAUGGAUUAGUUUGUUUGUUUUUUUUUUUUUACCAUUUUACCAUUCUCCUCUUCAGAGUUAUUAGUGAUGGAUAUAAAGUGAACUGAUUUUAUUUUUUAAGCAGAAACAUGAAGGCUCUCCCUUGUAAGUGUCUAGGGUACCUUCUCUUUCUAUAAUAUCUAGUAAAUCUAAGCAAAUUCUUUUAAAUCCAUUUUAAAAUAUUGACAGUAUAAAGAAUAACCUCCCAAAGAAAGGCCUAAAAACACUUUUGGAAUGAAGAUAAUGGAAUCCCCAUUUGCAAAUUCAAUUCCAGUUAUUAUUGGCUACAAGAAUAGGAUUUCUAAAGUUCGUGUUGUUCUGUAACUAUUAAGAAGUAUUCUGUAUAAAGGUAAAUUCAUCCCUUAAAAUCUUAUAUUUGACAUGUGGAAUCUCUUAUUUUGUCUUCUAUUUCUAGCAUCAAGAUUUGCUAGUUACAUAAAGUUGUGUAAUGGAAAAUAAUAUCUUGAAAUAAAUAUUUGAAAUAUGGAUUUCAUUCUUACAAAGAAAGUGUUGUUUCUGAUGGUAAUGUGAUAUUAAACACUAAA